AAAACUGCCCCUGAGGGCAAGGGGGGAGGAUGACAGCCUAUAGCUGGCUUCUCUUGGGCUGCCAACAGUUUGGCUUGGGGAGAGGCCCAUGCUAGGGUCAGCCCCCUGGCCCUGGAGGUGUAUAUAAUGUACCUUUGCUCCAGUCCAGGUAUUUGGAUGAGUAGGCCAAGGACUGAGCCAAAACCCGAGAAGAAGUCAGGGUGCAGGCCAAGGAGCCACGCAGACGGCGGGCCACAGAAAGAACUGAUGAUCCCAGGGAUUGUGGAUUUCAAGGUGAUCCGAGAGGCACUGAGGACCUCCAAGCCCCAAACUCCCGGUGCCCACCGCUUCAGUCACCUCAGCCAUCACUCCUUCUUCUCCCGGCACCACCCCCAUCCCCAGCAUGUGACCCACAUCCAAGAUCUCACCGGGAAGCCCGUCUGUGUUGUCAGGGACGAGUUCUCUCUGGCCGCCUCACGUCAAGCCACACUCUUACCCCGCUCUCUGAUCGGGAUGCCCACCAUCUCGGUCCCCAUUGGAGACCCGCAGUCCAAUCGGGAUCCCUGGCUUUCUUCUGAGGCCUGGAAGAAGGAGUUGAAAGACCUGGCUUCCCGGGUGGCCAUCUUCACCAAGGAGAAUGCGCUGAAGAGCAAGGAGAAGGAGGAGCCUCAGCGGGAGAAGGGGGCAAAGUACUCAGCAGAGACUGGUAGGCUCAUCCCUGCUUCCACCCGGGCCACGGCCCGCCGCCACUCCUGCCAGGGCGUACGAAACCACUCUGCGAGCACAGAUAGAGGAGACCAGACCUUCAUCCUACAGGAUCAGGAGUUGCUGAUCCUGGAGCUGCUUUCUCAAAUCCUGCAAACAGACUCCUUGAAUGCUAUCCGGUUCUGGCUACUCUACGCGCCGCCCAAGGAGAAAGACAUGGCACUAGGCCUCCUGCAGACAGCAGUGGCUCAGCUCCUUCCCCAGGCCCUAGUCUCCAUCCCAGCAGAAAAACUCCUGAACCAGCUCCAGGAAAUUCAAGAACCACUUCAAGAGAGGCAACAGCUACCCUACAGCCAAUCCCUGAAGAAGACGAAGACGCCACCUCCAUCAAAAAGCGAAAAACCAGAGAACCCUGGGAAAGCACAAGUUCUUCGCGUGCACUCCAGCCAGAACCCAGAAGAGAAGGCGGCAAAGCCAAAGGUAGAGGGUUGAGGAGUUCGCACCACUUUGCCCACCUUGCUCAAGAAGAGCCCCUGAGUUCAAAGAUUCGGCCCGCACCUCCUCAACAGCAAUACCGGUUUUCCUAUCACAUGGAGCCUAUUAAAAUACUGUCUUCCCCUUAAGAGGACAGUUCCGCUCUCCUA